GCGGGAGCGCAGCGGUGCCGGCACCGGGGCAGCGGCGGGGCGGCCGCCGGCAGGGGCACCCCCAUGUCGGGGCAGCGGGAGCAGCCCCUGCCCGCCUGCUUCGCAGGUCUGGGCGCGGGCAGCCCGCGACCGCGGCAGAAGCGCGGCGGGAUGUUCUGCAGCGUGGAGGACGCCUUCGACAACAAGACGCUGAACUUCGCCUCGCUCGGGGCCCCCAGCCCCGGGACCUUCUCCGGCGGGCCCAGCCGCGCCCCCAACCCCGUCCCCGCCGCGCCGGUCCCAGGGGAGCUGCCGGCCGGCUGUCCGCAGAGUGACCAGCUUCUAAUCAAAGGAGGAAAAAUUGUCAACGAUGACCAGUCAUUUUAUGCAGACAUCUAUGUGGAAGACGGUUUGAUAAAACAAAUUGGAGAAAACCUGAUUGUUCCCGAUGGCGUGAAGACGAUCAAUGCCUGCGGGCAGCUGGUGAUGCCAGGGGGCAUAGACGUGCACACCAGGCUGCAGAUGCCCGUGCUGGGGAUGACCCCGGCCGAUGACUUCUACCACGGCACCAGAGCCGCCCUGGCGGGAGGCACCACCAUGAUCAUUGAGCACGUGUGCGCGGACGCCGGUUCCAGUCUGCUGGGCGCCUACGAGCAGUGGCGCGGCCGCGCCGACGGGCAGGCCUGCUGUGACUACGCGCUGCACCUCGACGUGCCGCGCUGGCACGACGGCCUGCGCGAGGAGAUGGAGGCCCUGGUCAAGGACAAGGGUGUGAACUCGUUCCUGGUUUUCAUGGCCUACAAGGACAGACUUCAGUGCAGCGAUGCGCAGAUGUAUGAAAUAUUCUGCAUUAUUCGAGACCUGGGGGCCAUUGCCCAAGUGCAUGCUGAAAACGGAGACAUCAUCGAUGAGGAGCAGAAGAGGCUGCUGGAGCUGGGGAUUAGCGGGCCGGAGGGACACGUCCUCAGCCGCCCCGAGGAGGUGGAGGCGGAGGCCGUGUACCGGGCCAUCACCAUUGCCAAACAAGCCAACUGCCCCCUGUACAUCACCAAAGUCAUGAGCAAAGGCGCGGCGGAUGUCAUAGCUCAAGCAAAGAGAAAAGGCACGGUUGUGUACGGGGAGCCCAUCACCGCCAGCCUGGGCGCCGACGGCUCACACUACUGGAGCAAGAACUGGGCCAAAGCCGCCGCCUUCAUCACGUCCCCCCCGCUCAGCCCGGACCCCAGCACGCCCGAGCACCUCGCCUCCCUCCUGUCCUGCGGGGACCUGCAGGUCGCGGGCAGUGCGCACUGCACCUUCAGCACGGCGCAGAAGGCCGUGGGGAAGGACAACUUCACCCUCAUCCCCGAGGGGACCAACGGCAUCGAGGAGCGCAUGGCCGUCGUCUGGGAGCAGUGCGUGGUCCCUGGGAAGAUGGACGAGAACGAUUUUGUAGCGGUGACCAGCACCAACGCUGCCAAGAUCUUCAACUGCUACCCCAGGAAGGGACGCGUGGCCGUGGGCGCCGACGCCGACCUGGUCGUGUGGAACCCCAAGGCUACCAAAAUCAUCUCGGCAAAAACCCACCAUUCGAACGUGGAAUACAACAUAUUUGAAGGCACAGAGUGUCACGGGGGUCCUACCGUGGUCAUAAGUCAGGGGAAAGUUGUUCUUGAAGAUGGAAAGCUGUGUGUCACCCAGGGCUCGGGUCGCUUCGUUCCCAGAAAGACGUUCCCCGAUUUUGUUUAUAAAAGGAUAAAGGCAAGAAACAGGCUGGCCGAGGUGCACGGCGUCCCCCGCGGGCUGUACGACGGGCCGGUGCACGAGGUCCUGGCCAGCGCCAAAGCCGUGGCCGCGCCGGCCUCCCGCAUCGCGCCCUGCGCCAGCAAAGCCCCCGCCGCUCCCGUGCGCAACCUCCAUCAGUCGGGCUUCAGCUUGUCCGGCUCGCAGGCCGACGACCACAUCGCCAGGCGCACGGCUCAGAAGAUCAUGGCCCCCCCGGGCGGGCGCUCCAACAUCACCUCGCUGUCCUGACGGCCCCACGACCGCACACCUCUGCGCCCGUCACCCCGCGGGCACUGGUCCGGCCGGGAAGGGGACAGGGUCACCCUCCAGCUCAGGGUGAAACCCAGCGGCUGUUGGCUGCCCCAGCCCCUUCUUCUUGUAGGUAGACACUAGAGUAACCCCGAGAGGUAGUGCUCCCGUCCCCGUGUCCCCAUCUGUGUUCCCCCGUAGCUCCUGGGAAGCCCUUACCCUGUGCAUGUGGGCACCCCGCUCAGGGCUGGCACCACAACCAAGGUGCGUUUCGGCUGGAAUCCACUCCUUUCAGUAGCAGUGAUGCCCUUUCUAGUCGAAGGAUUUUUAACCGCUGAACGUUUCCGACUCUGGUUUUAUUAGGGUGACUGCAUCUCGUCUGUUUGCAGCAUCCCGAGCAGGCUCCCGCCAUGCCGGGCCGUGUCCCUGUGCCCGGGGGCACACGUGGCCGUGCCGGACAGCAGCGCGUCCCUCUGUCCCCGCAGCGCGUCCCUCUGUCCCCGCAGGGACCCGGCCCCUGGCAGCCACCCCAGCGGGCUGCAGUCUUUCUGUUGGGCUUGUUUUUUUAAAGAUUAUUUAUACAGUUUUUCAGGAACCGAGUGUUAGUCUUAUAACCAAUACCAAGGCUCAUUUGAAGGCCAGUUGCAUAUGACAAACUCUUUUAUAAAGGUUAUUAUAGCCCGUUUAUGCUAUUUAAAGGUAUGUACAGUAAAGGUGAACCUCAAUGCCACAAAGCUAUGCAUGUACCUCUAGCAGGAUGGCUCGCCAUUCUUUUUCUCUUCCUUGCUUCGAAUAAAGUUUGUUGAAACUCACAAAA